AUGGGGUGCGUCACAGCGCGCGCUGCCCGUGAUGGCGUUGCCAACAGCAAUAAAUGCAGCAAGAUCUCAAAAGUGGGGUCCACGCAGGUCACUGCAGAGAACAACCCCGAGGAGAUGGAGGAGGACUACGUUGCGCACUUUGUGGCCGGCUACAUGACUGACUGCUCGCCGAAAGGUACGGUCACCACGUAUGAGGAUUACCGCGGCUUUGAAAUGUCCACGAUGAAUCACGUGUCCAAGAACAAGGCGGAUAAACUAUGCAAGUGGAUCGACCAAGCUCUGCAAGACCGUCACAGACUCAACAACGACCUCUUCUUCAACCCGCAGAAUCCUUCCUCGUGGCCGAAGGACGUCAUCGCAGCCCAUUUAUCCUCACCCUCCUUCAGUGAUCGAAAUACCAUUCAGGAGGCAGUGCCCAAGUGA